GCUGUUUUGGCAUUGUUGUUGUCGUCUUUGUGUCUGCAGGUGCAAAAUAGCAAAGUAAUUGGAUUAAAUCGGGAUAACUCACAGGGAGUCACAGACAUGGCCACGAUGCGCAUACCCAAACAGAAGGUGAUCCUGUGCGGCGACUACGGAGUGGGGAAGAGCUCCCUGUUUCGCCGAUUCGCCACCAACACCUUUGUCACGGAUACGGACAGGAAAUCCACGCUGGGAUUGGACCACAUCGAUAGGGAGUACAGCGUCAACGAGAAGCAAAUAAAGUUGCAACUCUGGGACACUGGCGGUAUGGAGCGCGUGGCCUCGGUGACCUCCUCGUACUACAAGUUCGCCGAGGGAGCCAUCCUCGUCUUCGCCUUGGACAACGCCGCCUCGUUCCAUUCGCUGUCGCAGCAUUUGCUGGAUAUCGUCACCUAUGCGGAGAACGCCAAGAUCUUCAUCUGCGGCAACAAGAGCGAUCUAGAGGGAAGGGAGCCGGAGGUCAGCGACGAGGAGGUUGAGGCCUUCUGCGAGCAGUGCCACUCGCUGAUCAGUGCCACCUACAAGACGUCCUGUCGCAGCGGUGCCGGUGUGGAGGAGAUGUUCCGGGACAUCUCGAGGCAGUUGGUCCAUGCCAACCGCUCCAAGAUGGAGCUGCAGGCCCUGGAGCACAAGAGCUUCCAGGUGGACACUGCUGGCAGCAGCGGGGCGAUCAACGAGGACGACGGAUCCUCCUGCGGCUGCUAGCAGUUGGGGAACAUUGAGUUUGGCUAGUUCGAGCUCAAUGUCCUAUGCAGAAAUGCAUUUUUAGUGUUUGCUUUAUUUAUUAACAAGUUCUCGGCUAUGUUUUUGGUUUUUAGAUACAUGUUCAUUUCGAAUUUAUGCGAAACACGUCCCGAAUGCGAAUACGAGUCAUAGAGUAGGAUUAGUUACUAUUAACCAGGCGCCAAACUUUAACCAUUUAAACUUUUUACACAUAAUUGAGGAUGGGUCUAUGAUCGUAGGCAAGGAAUGCAAUGUGUGCGAAGUUUUUGACUAGGAACAAGUAAGUAAUAAGAAAUAAAACGUAAAACCAUAGAACAGAACAGUUCACGGACAGGCUGGAAUUAUUUGUAAUACUUUACACAAAUCCUUAUGCUGGGCCUACAAAAUAGAUUUGGUGAAUUUAUAAUUUCUGAGAGAACAUAUUCAACACAAACCAAACUUUCCAGCAUUUUCAUUUAAAUAAACAUCUUUUCGUAUAUAGAUUAGUGCGUAAGUCUGCAGCUUUCUUCCACAGAGUAUCUCGUAAAGAUAAAAUAUGCUAAAGAAUAAAUAAUCAACUCACGAAA